AUGAAAACAGAGUGGUCUCUUGAGAAGCAUGCAUCUACAAUAUUCACAGAUAGUGAAUUCAAGGAAAUUCAAGAACAGAUACUGGAGGCUUAUAACCACUGCAGCCUUGUAUCUAUAUCAAAUGAUUCAAGUCUAGAGGUUUACAAGGUUUUAGAUCAUUUUUCAAACACAUGGACUGUCACAUUCUCUGUGGAGGAUUAUGUGUGUCAAUGUGGUUGUAAGAUGUUUUCUAGGACUGGUCUUGUAUGCUGCCACAUCUUCCUUGUGUUGAAGAACAAAAAGAUGCGCUUGAUUCCUGAGAAUCUGAUUGGAGGUCGAUGGUUGAAAUCUCCUCUGCUUAAGGUUGUUCAUGCCGUCCAAUGCCAAGAUGUAUCAACACAUGUUUAUGUUGAUGAGAAAAAGAAGGCACAAGCAAUUUUGUUGGGAGAGAUGUUGGGUCUAUACCAGGCUGUAUCUGUCGAUAUUGAUCAAAUUCAUGAGCUAACAUCUAUAGUUCGUGAAGCAAGACAACAUAUUUUUGCCGACGGCGUAGUAAUGUCUACAGCCCAGAAGAAGAAAAUAAUGGAGGAAUUUUAUGGGGCUGAGGCACCCCAGGAAGUAGAUGUACAACCUCCUAAAGUCGUCAGCACGAAGGGUAGUGGUAGUAGACUCCCCUCAAGAGUGGAGAAGGCUUUGAAGCUUAAGAGCAAGCCUUUGCGUCAAUUUAAGAAAUGUCAGGAGUGGGGUCACCACGAUUCAAGGAACUGCGACAAAUUCAAAGAGAAAGAAAAGUUGCGGUCCAGAAGAAAUUCUAAUGUUUGA